AUGUUCUUGAGCGCAAGAAAUGAGUCUUCCGAGUCGGAGGACAUCCAAGAACUGAUCAACAGUGGCCUCAAGUGCAACGCAUCCACGCCAGCCGACGACAUGGAGAGCGGCAGAGGCGGGGCACGAGCCGCCGGAAGCACGUCGUCGUCAUCGCCCCUGCCCAUGGUUCUGCCGUCCGAGCAGAAAGCACGGUACAGCACGGAGGAGGAUCCCAGUCGUUGCAGCUGCAGCGAUAGCUUCUUCGGCAAGUACUUUUCAUUCCUCCUGCUCAUGUUCGUCACCGCGUCGCUGGUGAUCCUCCCGCUAGUCCUGCCACCGCUGCCUCCGCCUCCGUCGAUGCUGAUGCUGGUGCCAGUGGCAAUGCUGGUGAUGCUCCUGGUGCUGGCGUUCAUGCCGACGUCAGGCGGCCGCAGUGCGACGGGCCCGACUGCCUACCUGUAG